AUGGCUCACUUGGAUCCUCUUACCUCACUCGUCGCAGCGCUCAAGCGCGACCACAUCAUUCCCGACGUCUUGCCCGAAUCAUUCAAUCCAUCGGUUCUGCUCGAUGUAGUGUUCCCUAAUGGCAAAGAAGUCCUCUUAGGCAAUGAGCUUUCAAAGGAGGACGUCAUGGACGAGCCUGCGAUCAAUUAUGUGCCAAUGAACAUGCCAUUCGAACAGGCUGAGGCGACCGGGGAGAGCGCUAGCGAAGAGAUUGCAUAUACCCUCGUUAUGCUAGACCCAGACAUGCCAUCAAAGGCGGACGUGAAGUUUCGGUGCUUUGCGCACUGGAUAAUUAUGGGGUUGAAGUCUCCAGCGCACUCUGCGAGUCGCACGUCGGAUCCCAGUGCAUUGAAGACGCAUGUAUCUACAACAUCCUACAUGCCCCCUGAACCUCUUCCUGGCUCAGGAAUACAUAGAUAUACUUUCUUAUUGUAUCAGGAGCUACUAUCAUCCGAGCUGCCUCAAGACGCCAUGGUGCAUCAUGAUACUGUCAAGGAAAGGCAGGAAUGGGAUCCGGUCUCAUUUGGAGAUAAAAAUGGACGGAAGCUAGUAGGAGCGACGUACUUCUUGAUUGCAGCACCAGAACAGUAG